GGUGCUGCUGGGCCUCUCAGAGACCAGGGACCAUCUGAUCUUGUGGGACCUGGACUCGGGCUACAUCAAGGGCCGAAUCAAGUCACCGCACAAAGAAUCUCUGCUGUCCAGCUCACCCGCCGGAGAUGGAGAGUCACAGCUCAUUGGAACCCAGGACCACAAUGUGUUUCAGCUGGUGAUGCCGUGGGACCGGCGGCGGGAGACGCAGACGGCCAAGAGGAGGCGCGUGGAGAAGGAGGAGCAGAGGGAGCAGGAGGAGCAGCGGCGUCUGGACCAGGAGAAAUACAACGCCAUCGACCAGUACCUACUCAGCGGAGACCAACAGGUGGUGGUGUGCUCUUACUACGCCCACCACCUGCACGUCUUCCGCAUGGCCAGCCAGAGCCACCUGCAGACGCUGGAGGACCGCAGCUCCCUGCUGGGCCUCCACACGGCUGCCCUCACCCACACCGGCUCCCACCUGCUGCUCAGCAACUACAGCGACGCCCAGCACACCGCCUACCUCACCCUCUGGGACCUGGCCAAGGGCACGGUGCGUAAGCGACUGAAAAAUGAGCCCGCGAUUUGCUGUGUUGCCAUGACGAAUGAUGCCAGCAGAGUGGCAUUUGGCGUCGCCGGCGUAAAUAAGCUUAAGAUUUGGGAUCCAUUCAGGCGGAAGCACAAGGCCAUAUCGGGCUACGGGAGCCUGCAGUUUGGCGUGGUGAACCAGCUGUUCUUGGUGGAAGAGGGGGCGAAGGCUGUCCUCCUGGCUGGUGAGCUGAGCAUGUGGGACCUGAACGCCGGCACGGUGCUGUCAGUCUUCACGCCUGACUCCACCAUCACGUGCGUGUCUCUCCUGGGCGACGCCGACAACACCGCGCUGCUGGGCUUCAGCGAUCACCCCACCCUCGUCACCGUCAGGCUGAGCAGCGGCCACAAGGGGGCGGCCAAGGCCACCAAGACUCACAGGGGGCAGAGGGAGGAGGACCUGUUUGGGGAGUCGAGUAGCAGUGAGGAGGAGGGGGAGGAGGAGGGACGGGGUCCGUAA